AAUCAGGGCUUGACACAUGCCGAGGGAGAACAAUCAAACGGAUAUGCUUGAUGCUCCAACCACUAAAAUUCACCACGCGACUGGACUCGCAUACACCCAGUAUAUCCUCUUCCACCACCAUCAAUAUAAAAUCUCAUUUCCCCUCUACCUAUUUUCAUGCUUCGCUUCUCCAGAAUAUUCCCCCCGAAUUCCCCUGCUUAAUCCCCAUUUAUUAUCCCAAAUCCCUAGCUUUCCCUUCAACAUUCCACACCAACUUCAAUCACAAAAACUCUAAAAUGUACAGUUUGACGAGGAUGAAGAGAGUGACUGAUCCAUUGGAUGAGAAGGUGAAGGCGCGGAUCGUCGGAUUCAGCAGCGGAAGCGAGCACAGCGCCGCCGCCGACGACGGCGACACCUCCCCCAGCCUCUCCGAGCUCUUCUUCGGCUUCAGCGGCGGCGAAUCGUCGCCGGAGUGCUGCUGCGGCUCCGAUUCGGAGACCGAUUCCUCCGAAUCGCCGAGCUGCCGGAAUUCCGAUCCGAUUACUCCGAUCGCGGUGGAUCGGACGGACGAGUUCAGGAACGCGCUCGCUGCUCGCGCGGCGAAUGCGGUUCAGAUCUACUCCUCCGCUGGAUCACCGGAUAAGCAUAUUCUACGGAGGAAUGUGAUGUUGUUUCUGAUGAAUUGUGGCUACAAUGCGGCGAUUUGCAAGACGAAGUGGCCGAGCUGCGGCGGACUCACCGCCGGCAGCUACGAAUUCAUCGAUGUUCUAACAACGGAUCCGUCGCCGGCGCGGUACUUCGUCGAUUUGGAUUUCGCGGCGGAAUUCGAGAUCGCGCGGCCGACGAUCGCCUACGAGCGGAUGCUGCAGCUUCUGCCUAGGGUUUUCGUCGGAAAAAUUGACGAUCUGAAGCAGAUUCUGAAAUCGGUGAGCGACGCCGCGAAACGGUCGCUGAAGAGCCGGGGGCUCCACCUGCCGCCGUGGAGGAAGCACCGCUUCAUGCAGAACAAGUGGCUCGGUCCGUACCGGCGGACGACCAACGCCGUGACGGCGUCGGUUCCGUCGAAAGCGCUUUCGGUUGAUGCAGGUUACGGCGUUAAGUGCCGCGCCGUCGGAUUUGAAGCCGGCCGUUUGAUAGCUCCUUCCGCAGCCCGUACGAGAAGAUUAAUUGCAGGGGAAUAUUAAUAUAAUAAUCCUGUAUUUUUUGAGAAUAUUUUAAAAUAUUUAUUUUUGGUUUUUAGUUUAGUGUUGUCGUGUAGUGUUGGAAGAGCUCUUGUUUAUUUUGUGGAAGCGUUAUCCAUUUGGUAAAAUCGAUAACAUACGCGGCAAAUGCACUUCGUGAGUGUGACGGCGUACAUUAGCUAUAUCCCACGUGCAAUUGUGUGUUUUGGAUGGACCGUCAGAUAGAUAUGACCAGAAGAUAUAUUAUGAGUUAAA